UGCCGGGAGAGGCCGGAAGCGGCGCUGUUGCCGCGGCGGCGGCGGGUCCAAGAUGGCGGUGCAGGAGUCGGCGGCUCAGCUCUCCAUGACGCUGAAGGUGCAGGAGUACCCCACGCUCAAGGUACCUUACGAAACGUUGAACAAACGGUUCCGGGCUGCUCAGAAAAACAUUGACCGAGAAACCAGCCACGUGACCAUGGUCGUGGCAGAGCUGGAGAAGACCCUGAGCAGCUGUCCAGCUGUGGACUCGGUGGUCAGUCUCCUGGACGGAGUGGUGGAAAAACUCAGCGUCCUGAAACGGAAGGCAGUAGAAUCGAUCCAGGCCGAAGACGAGAGCGCGAAACUAUGCAAACGCAGGAUCGAGCAUCUUAAAGAACACAGCAGCGACCAGCCAGCAGCUGCCAACAUGUGGAAGAAAAAACGGAUGGACCGGAUGAUGGUGGAACACCUCCUGCGGUGCGGCUAUUACAACACCGCGGUGAAAUUAGCCAGGCAGAGCGGCAUUGAGGACUUGGUCAAUAUUGAGAUGUUCCUAACCGCCAAAGAAGUAGAGGAAUCCUUGGAAAGGCAAGAAACCAUGACUUGUUUAGCUUGGUGUCACGAUAACAAGUCUAGGCUCAGGAAAAUGAAGAGUUGCCUGGAGUUCAGUCUAAGGAUCCAGGAGUUCAUAGAACUUAUUCGACAGAACAAGAGACUGGAUGCUGUCAGGCACGCACGGAAACAUUUCAGCCAGGCUGAGGGGAGCCAGCUAGACGAGGUGCGGCAGGUGAUGGGGAUGUUAGCCUUUCCUUCGGAUACUCAUAUCUCCCCUUACAAGGAUCUCCUUGACCCGGCUCGGUGGAGGAUGCUAAUCCAGCAGUUUAGAUACGAUAACUACAGGUUGCAUCAGCUGGGGAAUAACUCUGUUUUCACCAUAACACUCCAGGCUGGGCUUUCCGCCAUAAAAACACCACAAUGUUAUAAAGAGGAUGGCACUUCCAAAAACCCUGACUGCCCAGUCUGUAGCAAAUCGUUAAAUAAGCUGGCUCAGCCCCUGCCAAUGGCCCAUUGUGCCAACUCCCGGCUAGUCUGCAAGAUUUCAGGAGAUGUGAUGAACGAGAAUAACCCCCCCAUGAUGCUUCCCAACGGAUACGUCUACGGAUACAAUUCCUUGCUUUCUGUUCGCCAGGAUGACAGAGUCGUUUGCCCGAGAACCAAAGAGGUCUUCAGUUUCUCCCAAGCCGAGAAAGUCUACAUUAUGUAAAGCCCCUCUCGCGCGCAAAUGAAGUGCCACUGGAUUUUUGACACAAUUUAUUCUAGCCAUGCCCUGUAAAAAAGAUCUCGGGGAGUUCGCCGCGGCAAAGGAAGCUGCCACUCGGGAGGGACGGGGUGGGAAAUGGAGACUUCGUUGGUGGCAAUUUUUUUCCUUGUGACCAAAGAUCCGUGGGCGAAAAGCAUAACACACUCUGACAAAAAGCCAGGAAGUGCGACUAAAGUUUAAAAGAAAA